GAGAACUUGACUUUGUGUAAUUUUACUCAUUUCAGAAAUACUCUUUAAAAAUACAGAAGUCCAACAUCAGAUUUCUUCUUCUCUUCGCUAGUUUAGGUUAAUCAACCAGGGAAAAUGUACAAAACACAUUUGUAAGAGAUGAGAAAUAUGUUUUAUAACAAUUAUUCAGUAUUUUUAUUCGAUUUUUUAUGUGAAUAUUAUCAUUUAUAAAUUUGGAUAUAAAGUUAAAAUUAGUUGAAAGUACAAUAACUCAAUGUCGGCUGCACUGUCAUGCUAAAACCUUAAGAUCUGAACUGACUGAACCUGUAAAUAACAUAUUUAUAUGUCAAAAAUGAAGAUGGCCGAUGGAUCCACAAUCGUGCGAAGAAAUAGACCUGGUACAAAAGCAAAGGAUUUCAGUCAUUGGCCAGAUGAACCUUUUGAGGAAAUGGACAGCACCCUUGCAGUGCAACAGUACAUUCAACAACUUAUACGUCGUGAUCCCAAUAAUAUUGAUUUGAUAUUGAAAAUGCCCGAUUCGCAAGACGAAGGAGUUUGGAAAUAUGAACAUUUGAGGCAGUUCUGUAUGGAACUGAACGGAUUAGCUGUAAGACUUCAAGGAGAAUGUCACCCAGAAACAUGUACACAAAUGACAGCAACUGAACAGUGGAUUUUUUUAUGUGCUGCACAUAAAACUCCUAAAGAAUGUCCGGCCAUUGAUUACACAAGGCAUACACUUGAUGGUGCUGCUUGUUUAUUGAACAGCAAUAAAUAUUUUCCUAGUCGUGUUAGUAUUAAAGAAUCGUCUGUAGCAAAACUUGGAUCAGUAUGUAGGAGAGUUUAUCGAAUAUUUUCUCAUGCCUACUUCCACCAUAGGUCUAUAUUUGAUGAAUUUGAAACUGAAACAUGUUUAUGCAAAAGAUUUACGCAAUUUGUAACAAAAUACAACUUGAUGUCCAAGGAUAAUCUUAUUGUACCUAUUUUGGAAGAAGAAAACACACUUGGUGAAUCUGAAGCAUAGAUGUAUCUCGAAUGUCAAUAUUUCUAAUACUCGAUUACAUAAAAAAUAAAAACUAAUAAACAUACAGUGGAUAGAACGAUUGUAAGUUUUAUGAAACAAAAUAGGUUUGAAAACUGUCAGAGUAAAGUCAACUAAAUUGUUUGAAUUUCCUUGGGAAUUAGUUGCUAAAGAAAUGGUGCUUGGACUGAUCUCUCAGAAGCAAUAUUGACCCACUUACACUGAUUUUGAUUGAUCCACUAAUUUUUCAUGUAUUUAUUCUCAAAACUUUGUUAAUGGAAGUUAAUAUUUAUGGAAAAUUGUUUGAUUUGGAAUCUACAAAAAACAGGCUGUCACUAUUUAGGUCUUAUAGUUGUUUCAAAAUAACAAAAACUUUCUAAUGAAAUUAUGAAGAAAGCUUAAAUCAUCAAACUUAAAGAAAAUUAUGCAGUAUUUGCUUGUACAGUUGAACUCUGCUACUUUUGUCUAGUUAUGAGGUUUGUGAAUUAAGCCAACGUCACGAUGGUUCAUGUAAUUAAGCAUUUUGGACUUUUAGCUUAUCUAUUGCCUUGAAAUUUGUUAAUAUUUGAAUAGGUCUAAAAAUGAUGAAAAAAUGUGAGCCAUAAACUGACUGAAUUAGCAUUACCUUGGAAAUAUUCCUCCUAACUUGAACUUACUGAUGUUUUGAAUCAGAUCUGUUUGAAGAAAGAAUUUGGUAAAAAAUCUGAAUGUCCCUAUUAAUUUGGAAACCCAUUAAACAUAAAAGACAUAAUAUUUUAAUAUUUUUAUUACUCCUAGGUACUAGAUGUUUUUUAUAAACAUAUUGAUAAACUUUGAUAUAGUCAUUGAAGUAAAGAAAAUUUGUAUUAGGUACUAAUCAGUGUAUAAAAGAUGUGUGUUUACACUAUUUAUGUUGUGCUAAUAACAAAGUAAAUUCUUCUUCAAUUACCUGAUUUUACUCAUUUUUCCUUAUUUUACUCUUAAAAUGAAUGAAUAGAUUAUGUUGAAGCUCAAUGAAUUUCUCUAAUAAAUUUAAAAAUAUAUAGCAAGUCACAAUAUGCCUGAUAAACUCAUUAUCUUUCAUGAACUUGUCCACACUUAUUGACUUGCCGAGUUUUUCAUCUUGUAAGAACUUAUGUACACUUAUUGAUUUAUUGAAAUUUUUAAAGUGCAACAGUAAUACCUGUCACUAAACUUUUAAUCUUUUUUAUAACAAAAUCAAUUUGGAUUCCAUAGGAUUUAUAUUUUUCCGUGGACAGCAAUUUGAUAUGGUGUAUUUACAAAAUUUUUGCUAUGUUAAUGUCGAGCAUUAAUGACGAUUGUAAAGAAUUGGUCCAAACAGCAAUAUUAUUUGAGAACUAUCUAGUAAUAAAUUACCAAGCAAAAUUCGAUAGAAUUUACUGACUUUCAACUACUAGUUUGUCAGACAUUAAAAUAUCGCAUCAAACUUUGACAAGAUCAUCCAUUGUUACUUUCAUACACAGUAUUUAUGUACAGACAUACUUUUUUUUAGAUAAAAAUGAAUUUUUACUAUAGGUAUUUUACGAAAUAUAAAUAUACUUUCCACAAAAGUAGGAUACAGUACUUUUGUUAUUAAAUGUAGUACUUUUUGAUCAUUUUAUUUAAGUAGAAAAAUCUUAUUUUCACAGAUAGGUGAACAAAUAGUUGAAUUCCAAAGAUAAAAAACUUUCUCAAAUGGUUUUUAAAAAAAUAGUUGCUGUGUUUGUUUUGCUCUCAAUAUUUAUCCUCCAAUUAGAUAUUUAUGUAUCCAAGAAGGGUUAGUAAAAAAAUCCAAAAAAAUUAUAUUCCACUUGGAAGUAGAUUGACAGAAUCGGUAUUUAAGCUGUGAAAAGUCUAGAAUAAAUGAUAAAAAAAUUAUAGGUUGUUAUCUUUGUCCAUAAUUUUUCAAAAUAAUUAUUAUCACAUUAUUUUCAUUU